CGGCUCCGCGCUGUCCCCAUCCCCGUGGCACCAUGGCCCGACCGCGGCCGUGCAGCCCGGCACCGGCACCGCUGCUGCUGCUCCUGCUGGUGGCAGCGCGCGCCCUGCCCGGCGCCCACGGGACGUGCCCGGAGCGCGCGCUGGAGCGGCGAGAGGAGGAGGCGAACGUGGUGCUCACCGGCACGGUGGAGGAGAUUCUCAACGUGGACCCGGUGCAGCUCACGUACUCGUGCAAGGUUCGAGUCUGGCGGUACUUGAAGGGCAAAGAGGUGGUGACCCAGGAGAACCUGAUGGAUGGCGGCAACAAGGUGGUGAUCAGUGGCUUUGGAGACCCCCUCAUCUGUGACAACCAGGUGUCCACUGGGGACACCAGGAUCUUCUUUGUGAACCCAGCUCCCCGCUACCUGUGGCCGGCCCACAAGAACGAGCUCAUGCUCAACUCCAGCCUCAUGCGCAUUACUCUGCGGAACCUGGAAGAGGUGGAGUUCUGCGUGGAAGACAAACUUGGGACCCACUUCACAUCAGCCCCUCUGAUGCCUCCUAACCUAUGCAAGGGAAUGCUGUGUGGCUUUGGUGCCGUGUGCGAGCCCAGCACAGAAGAUCCGGGCCGGGCCUCCUGCGUGUGCAAGAAGAGCCCCUGCCCAGCUGUGGUGGCACCCGUGUGCGGUUCGGACGCUUCCACCUACAGCAACGAGUGUGAGUUGCAGCGUGCACAGUGUGUCCUGCAACGGCGCAUCCGCUUGCUCCGCCGCGGGCCCUGUGGGUCCAGGGACCCCUGCGCCAACGUGACCUGCAGCUUUGGCAGCACGUGUGCACUCCUGGCUGAUGGGCAGACUGCCACGUGCCUGUGCCCGGUGACCUGCCACGGGGCCCCAGAGGGCACGGUGUGUGGCACUGACGGUACCGACUACCCUAGUGAGUGCCAGCUGCUGCGCCACGCCUGUGCACGCCAGGAAAACAUCUCUAAGAAGUUCGACGGCCCCUGUGACCCCUGCCAGGGAGCCCUCGCUGACCGGAGCCGCAUCUGUCGUGUGAACCCCCGCACACGGCGCCCGGAGAUGCUUCUGCGGCCGGGCAGCUGCCCUCCCCGGCACUCACCUGUGUGCGGGGACAACGGGGUCACUUAUGAAAACGACUGCAUCAUGGGCCGCACUGGGGUGCUCCGGGGCCUGCUCCUCCAGAAAGUGCGUUCUGGCCAGUGCCAGCCUCGAGACCAGUGCCCUGAGCCUUGCCAGUUCAAUGCUGUGUGCCUGUCUCGCCGUGGCCGUCCCCACUGCUCCUGUGACCGCGUCACCUGUGACGGGGCCUACAGGCCCGUGUGUGCCCAGGAUGGCCGCACAUAUGACAAUGACUGUUGGCGCCAGCAGGCAGAGUGUCGGCAGCAGCGUGCCAUACCCACCAAGCACCAGGGCCUGUGUGCCCAGGCCCCAUCCCCGUGCUGUGAAGUUCAGUGUGCAUUCGGGGGGGGGGGGGCGUGUGCAGUAAAAACUGGGGAGGCUGCAUGUGCAUGCCAGCAGGUGUGCACAGGCACCUGCGUCCCUGUGUGCGGCAGUCACGGUGCCACAUAUGUACGGCAGCGUGUGCGAGCUGCGGGCCCUGGCUGUGCCCUGGGGCAGGAGAUCUGGGUGGCCUGCCGAGGGUCCUGUGACCAGUGUGGCCAGUGCCGUUUUGGAGCUCUGUGUGAGGCUGAGACUGGGCGCUGCAUAUGCCCCUCUGAGUGCGUGGCCUCAGCCCAGCCUGUGUGUGGUUCUGACGGGCACACCUAUGCCAGUGAGUGUGAGCUGCACGUCCACGCCUGUACACAGCAGAUCAGCCUGCACGUGGUCUCGGCCGGACCCUGCCAGACGUGUGGGGAUGCAGUGUGUGCCUUUGGGGCCGUGUGCUCGGCAGGGCAGUGUGUAUGUCCUCGGUGUGAGGACCCCCCGCCCGGCCCUGUCUGUGGCAGCAACGGAGUCACCUACCCCAGUGCGUGUGACCUGCGGGAAGCUGCCUGCCAGCAGCAGGUGCAGAUUGAGGAGGCCCGGGCCGGGCCCUGCGAGCAAGCCGAAUGCGGCUCAGGAGGCUCUGGCUCUGGGGAGGAUGGCGAGUGUGAGCGGGACCUGUGCCAGCAGCGCGGUGGCCUCUGGGACGAGGACUCAGAGGAUGGGCUGUGUGUCUGUGACUUCAGCUGCCAGAGUGUCCUGAGGAGCCCAGUGUGCGGCUCAGAUGGGGUGACCUAUGACACCGAGUGUGACCUGAAGAAGGCCAGGUGCGAGUCACAGAGAGGGCUGUACGUCGCGGCGCCGGGAGCCUGCCGCACUCCCACGUUGGUCCCGCUGCCACCCGUGGUUCUCCCGCACUGUGCCCAGACCCCCUAUGGUUGCUGCCAGGACAAUGUGACCGCUGCCCGGGGUGUGGGCCUGGCUGGCUGCCCCGGCCUCUGCCAGUGCAACCCGCACGGCUCCUACGGCGGCACCUGUGACCCCGUCACAGGCCAGUGCUCCUGCCGGCCUGGCGUGGGGGGCCUCAAGUGCGCCCGCUGUGAGCCUGGCUUCUGGAACUUCCGUGGUAUUGUCACCGACAACCUGAGUGGCUGCACUCCCUGCAGCUGUGACCCCCGGGGUGCCAUGCGGGAUGACUGUGAGCAGAUGACUGGACUGUGCUCCUGUAGGCCAGGCGUGGCCGGGCCCAAGUGUGGACAGUGUCCAGAUGGCCAAGCCCUGGGCCCUGCUGGCUGUGACGCAGGCUCCUCGGUGCCCAGGACCUGCGCGGAGGUGCACUGUGAGUUUGGAGCCUCCUGUGUGGAGGAAGCUGGUUCUGCCCACUGUGUCUGCCCAGCCCUCACGUGCCCAGAGGCCAAUGCCACCAAGGUCUGUGGGUCCGAUGGCAUCACAUACGGCAACGAGUGCCAGCUGAAGACCAUUGCCUGCCGCCAGGGCUUGGACAUCUCUACGCAGAGUUUCGGCCCGUGCCAAGAUGCCGAUGCUCUUGGCACACACCCCACGUCUGCAUCUGCGACCACCCUGGAGCCUGUCCGGAGUGAGGCGCUGCUGCCCACCCCCAGCGCACCGCCCCUGGUACCCAGCGGCAUCCCCAGCAGCCAGCCCACCCCUUCACCCACAUCACGACCUCGGACCACAGCCAGCAUGCCCAGGCCCACCGUAUGGCCUGUGCCAACCACGGCCCUCACCGCAGCCUCCACUGGCACCAGCCUUGCCCUGCCGGCCUCCGGCGAAUCUGGCAGCACUGCUGGGAGCGGUGACGAGGAGCUCAGUGGAGACCAGGAGGCCAGUGGGGGAGGCUCUGGGGGACUUGAACUCCCCACGGGGAUCAGCAUGGUGACCCCUGGGCCACCCAUUGAGAGGGCUUCCUGCUACAACUCCCCUUUGGGCUGCUGUUCAGAUGGCAAGACACCCUCGCUGGACACCGAGGGCUCCAACUGCCCUGACACCAAGGCCUUCCAGGGAGUGCUUGAGCUGGAGGGAGUCGAGGGACAGGAGCUGUUCUACACGCCCGAGAUGGCUGACCCCAAGUCAGAGCUGUUUGGGGAGACUGCCCGGAGCAUCGAGAGUUCACUGGAUGACCUGUUCCGAAACUCGGAUGUCAAAAAGGACUUCCGGAGUGUCCACCUGAGGGACCUCGGGCCUGGCAGAUUGCUGCGAGCGAUUGUGGAUGUGCACUUUGAGCCCACCACAGCCUUCAGGGCUCCGGACGUGGGCCGGGCACUCCUCCGGCAGAUCCAGGCAUCCCGGCGUCAGGCUUUGAUGGUGCGGAGGCCUCUACAGGAACAUGUGCAAUUCAUGGACUUUGACUGGUUUCCAGCCUCCUUCACAGGAGCCACCACUGAAGCCACGGCCAGAGCCACCACCACGGGCCAGCUGCCCUUGUCUGCUGUGACCCCUCGGGCCCACCCUAGUCACACCAGCCGACCUACUGGCAGGACCACAGCACCUCCCACCACGCACCGGCCGCCUACCACAGCCCCCAGCCGCACGGCAGGACACCGGCCCCUGCCCCCCGGCCUCCAGCAGCCCCCGAGGCCCUGUGCCUCCCAGCCCUGCCUCCACGGGGGCACCUGCCAAGACCAAGACUCUGGCCAAGGCUUCAGCUGCAGCUGCCCAGUGGGCCGGGGCGGCACCGUCUGCGAGGAGGCGCUGCGCCCCCCUGUGCCUGCCUUCUGGGGCCACUCCUUCCUGGCUUUCCCCACCCUCCGCGCCUACCAUACCCUGCGCCUGGCACUGGAAUUCCGGACUCUGGAGCCGCAGGGGCUGCUGCUGUACAAUGGGAACAACCGCGGCAAAGACUUCCUGGCACUGGCUCUGCAGAGCAGCCGGGUGCAGCUCAGGUUUGACACGGGUUCUGGGCCAGCAGUGCUGACGAGCUCCGUGCCUGUGGAACUGGGCCGGUGGCAUCGCCUAGAACUCUCAAGGCACUGGCGCCAGGGCACACUCUCUGUGGAUGGUGAGAGCCCUGUUGUGGGCCAGAGCCCCAGCGGCACGGAUGGCCUUAACCUGGACACGGACCUUUUCGUGGGUGGCAUCCCAGAGGACCAAGCUGCUGUGGUGCUCGAGCGGACCUCCGUUGGGGUUGGCCUGAAGGGCUGCAUCCGCCUGCUGGACAUUAACAACCAGCGACUGGAGCUGGGCAGCUGGCAGGGAGCUGCAGCCCAGAGCUCUGGUGUGGGCGAGUGUGGGGAUGACCCCUGCCAGCCAAACCCCUGCAGCGGCGGAGCGCCGUGCCGAGCGCUUGAGGCUGGCCUGUUCCGCUGUCAGUGCCCACCAGGCCACUUUGGUCUGACCUGUGCCACCAAGAAGAACCCCUGCCAGCCAAACCCCUGCCAUGGAGCAGCCCCGUGCCACGUGCUGCCUGAGGGGGCUGCCAAGUGCAGAUGCCCCCUUGGGCGUGAGGGCACUCUGUGCCAGACAGUCUCAGAGAAGGACCCUGGCUCCCAGCCCUUCCUGGCUGAUUUCAGCGGCUUCUCCUACCUGGAACUGAGAGGCUUGCACACCUUUGAACGAGACCUGGGGGAGAAGAUGGCGCUGGAGCUUGUGUUCUUCACCCGUGGUCCCAGUGGCUUGCUACUCUACAAUGGGCAGAAGACGGAUGGCAGGGGCGACUUUGUGUCCCUGGCCCUGCGUGACUGGCACCUAGAAUUCCGCUAUGACCUGGGCAAGGGGGCUGCGGUCAUCAGGAGCAAGGAGCCUGUGGCCCCGGGCGUCUGGACAAGAGUCUCCCUGGAGCGAAAUGGCCGCAAGGGUGUGCUGCGCGUGGGCGAUGGGCCUCGGGUGCUGGGGGAGUCCCCGAAAUCCCACAAGGUGCCACACACCGUGCUCAACCUGAAGGAGCCGCUGUAUGUGGGGGGUGCCCCUGACUUCAGCAAGCUGGCCCGGGCAGCUGCGGUGUCCUCCGGCUUUGACGGUGCCAUCCAGCUGAUCUCCCUGGGAGGCCGCCAGCUGCUGGCCCAGGAGCAUGUCCUGCAGGCAGUGGGCGUCUCGCCCUUUGCUGACCACCCUUGCACCCAAGCCCAGGGCCACCCCUGUCUCAACGGAGCCUCGUGUCUCCCACGGGAGGCCGCCUACGAGUGCCUGUGUCCUCCGGGCUUCUCAGGGCUGCACUGUGAGAAAGGGUUGGUUGAAAAGUCAGCGAGGGACCUGGAGACGCUGGCUUUUGACGGGCAGACCUACAUCGAGUACCUCAACGCUGUGAGGGAGAGCGAACUGGCCAAUGAGAUCCCAGUCCCGGAAACUGCAGAUUCCGGGGCCCUUCACAGCGAGAAGGCGCUGCAGAGCAACCACUUUGAACUGAGCUUGCGCACUGAGGCCACUCAGGGGCUGGUGCUGUGGAGUGGCAAAGCCACAGAGCGCACUGACUAUGUGGCUCUGGCCAUUGUGGAUGGGUGCCUGCAGCUGAGCUAUGACUUGGGCUCCCAGCCUGUGGUGCUGCGCUCCACUGUGAAGGUCAACACCAAUCGCUGGCUGCGGGUCAGGGCUCACAGGGAGCAGCGGGAAGGGUCCCUGCAGGUGGGCAACGAAGCCCCUGUGACUGGCUCCUCCCCGCUGGGCGCCACACAGCUGGACACAGAUGGAGCCUUGUGGCUCGGGGGGCUUCGGAAGCUGCCCGUGGGCCAGGCCCUACCCAAGGCCUAUAGCACAGGCUUCGUGGGCUGCCUGCGGGACGUGGUGGUGAGUGGGCGCCCGCUGCACCUGCUGGAAGAUGCAGUCGCCAGGCCGGAGCUGCGGCCCUGCCCCACCCCCUGACCGGCACCCAAGCCCCAGCCCACCCUGCUGUAAUUAUUUUUUAUUUUUGUAAACUUGUUGCUUUUCAAUAUGAUUUUCUUGCCUGUGUGUUGGCCAGAGGGACUGCUGACCUGGCCUCUUUUCUGUCCAGGCAGCUGUGCUGCAGAGGCCUGGUGUCCAGGCCCCACAGUGCUGUAUGGCAGCCUCAGGACUUGCCCCUCUGCCACAGCCCUGUGCACUGUGUCCCCAGCGUGUUCACCUGUCGGUCCCUGGCAUUCCUGACCCCGUUGGCAGACUCCACUCCCCAUGUUACCAUGUUUUGUCAGAUGAGGUCCAUGUCCCAGAGCAGGGGAGCAGCUGGAUUGGAUGGGGCCUUCCUCCGAGCAAGCCCCUGGGGCCUUCUGGUUCCCACUUACACUGCUCUUGCCUGUGUGUCCUGUGGGAGAGCCUCAUCUGGGCUAGCCUGGAGCCCGGGGCCCUCCGUGCCAGUACUGUGACUUAGAAACAAUGUUCCUUUUGGGCCCAGGCCCCACGCCCCCAGUGUGUCUGCUAGCCCCAGGGUGCCGGGGAACAGAGUCCAUGGCCAGGCUCCCCUAGGGCACCCUCACUCGGCCUGGCCCACCCACCCUGGAUGUAGCCCCCUUCCUACACUCAGGCCCAGUGAGGAGCUCCUCAAGGAGGGGUCCGCUGUGUGGCGUGGGCUCCUUCCCUCAGGGGUGGGUGUCCGGGCCUGACACCCACCGCGUUUUCAAACAUUGGUCUCGUUUGAUGCCCGAAGGUCACACCUUUUGUCCUGCCCUGACCCCAGAGCAGUACAGGUUGCAGACCAGGUCCACAUGAGGGAGGCUGUGCUCAUCUGAGAGCGGACAGCCUGGUGCCUGACCAAAGCCGAAGGCCAGGGGCCGGUGUGGCAGAGAUGGCAGUGGAGCUGGAAACGCCUUAAACCAUAGCGUCCAUCCUCACCACUCCCCGCCCUCUGUGCAAACUGUUCAAGGGCCAUCCAAGGCUGCUAGGGUGGCAGCCUGGCCCCCCUGCAGGGGAGGGGGAGGCAGGAGGGAGCGUCUGGGGUCUUGUUACUAACUCCAGUAUAAGUCCAUCAAACACCGUGAAAUAAAGACUGUAAACAAAGA